AUGUCAACCACAGGACCAUCAGGAGAGGAUAUCCCACUUGAAGGGAUCCGAAUGUCACGAUCAGAGACUUUCUGGAAAAAGCCAAAUCUUCCAUGGGGCUUUUGCAUCUAUCGAUGCUCGUUCAAAGACAAUGCUGCGUGGCAUAAAAUGCUCCAGCUCAUCCAGCAACAUGUGCAAAAAUCGGUAGAACUUUCCCUGCCACCUGGAGAAGAAAGAACAGGGCUCCUAGAGGCCCACGAUCUUGUGAUUUAUGACAAGCUGGAGAAUUUCAACGGUGCGACUUCGCAUGAGGUGCGCGAUCGUUUUAAUGAUUGGGUUGAACAACUACCAAAAGUGGUUGACACCUCUGAAACACUAGAAAGGCUAAUCAGAGAGCAUUCGGAGAGGAAAAAUCAAACUGUUAGGCCUCAAUACGGUUUUGGAGCACGGUUUAACUUCGCCUUAUUUGUUGAUGAUAUCUGUUUGGAGUCUUUGGUCCAUAUGGAUAUGCCUGUCGUUAAAAUUUUGUAUAAGCAAUGGGGCAAUUUGAGUCCCGAGGAGAGGAAUUACAAAAUUGACCCCGACUGGCACGAUGGGACAACGGAAGAUGAGGAGGAGGAUGUUGGAUGGAUGUACAUGUCUGUCAUCGACUACGUUGAUACGUAUGACCUGAGCAAAAUAUAA